GUUGUUUACAUGGCAUGACAUGAGCGCAUGUGAAAGUGAGGUUACUAGUCAGAUAAACGCUGUGUUUUAGGUAAACCUUUCUUUUGAAACUCUACAAUAGUUUGCCAAAUAUUUGUGUACAUCUAUUCAGAAAAUCCUCCCAGAGAACAUUAACGUUCAAACCUGAUGUUCUGCAGAUAGACAGACUGUUAGAUAGCCAGAAUUGUACAAUAUUGGAAAUAUUUUUCUUUUCAUUUUAAGACCAUAUGAUCUUUUUUCCAAGAUGAUCCUUGCAACUUUCGGCCAGCUGUUGGCUAAAGUGAGAAAGAUGAGGACACGCAUGCUAUGUUUUCAGUUUGAUUCUUCAUACUUCACUACAGCACAGCUAUCAAAUCAAAUCUCUAAACCUCAUGAGAGAAACAUUCUCCUGAUGGGUCCUCCUGGAGCAGGGAAAACCUGUGUUGGACGGAUUGUGGGACAGAGACUAGGGAUGCCUGUUAUUGAUAUAGAUGACGAUGUUCUCGAAAGCACAUGGGGAAUGAGUGUGGCAGACAAGCUAUCUGAGAUCGGUGGAGAUGGUUUCAUUGAAGAAGAAGGUAAAGCGGUGUGUAACUUCACUGCUACAGGAAGUGUUAUCUCACUAACCGGCUCCAAUCCACUGCAUCUAGAUGCCAUGCAGCAUUUGAAGCGCUCUGGACUGGUCUUGUAUCUGGAUGUGGACACAGAAGAUAUCAUGCAGAGACUCUCUCGAAUGAAGGUGAAUAGGAUUGUGGGUCAGGAUGCUGGUGUUUCUAUGAGAGAGAUAUUACAGUACAGGAAACAGUUUUAUGAGAAGUGGCUGGAUGCGCGAGUCCUUUGUGGGACAGGAGACUCCAUGGAGGAUGUGGCUGAUAAAGUCCUGAGGACUCUGGGUAGAUAUGAGGAUUCAGAAUCAGAGAUGUUCAUUUCAACAAGGAGCCACAUGUCAAGGGACCCCAAGUUCUUCAGUGAUGUUGUCAUAGAGGGUCUUGCACCAAAUGGAGGGCUUUAUGUACCAAAGAAAGGAUUCCCCAAACUGGAGCCUUCUGAAUGGUUGAGAAUAUCCAGCAUGCCAUAUGCAAUGAGAGCUGUGGCGAUACUGGAAAACUGUAUCCAUCCUAUGGAUGUGUCCCCUGUAGAAUUGCGCACAAUGGUGCAUCGCGCUUAUGGCCAGAACUUCGCCAAUCAAUCGGUUGUACCUCUAAAGCACCUCACUGAUCAUCAGUACAUUCUAGAACUCUUUCACGGCCCCACUGCUUCUUUUAAAGACCUAGCACUGCAGUUAAUGCCUCAGCUGUUCGCUCACUGCCUUCCACAGAUGUGCAACUACCUGAUUCUAGUGGCCACGUCUGGAGAUACAGGAAGCGCGGUGCUAAAUGGUUUCCGGAAUCUUAAAGACCGUGACCGUGGGAGGAUUGGCGUGCUUGUAUACUUCCCUGAGAAAGGAGUGAGUGAGAUUCAGAAGCUACAAAUGACAGGAAUUCAAGAGGGCAAUUCCAAGUCUAUUAGUGUCCUGUCUGACUUUGACUUCUGCCAAAGGAGCAUUAAACAAAUGUUUGGGGACUCAAGCUUGAUUGGCCAUUUAGCUGUGGAAUAUGCCACGGUUCUCAGCACCGCAAACUCGAUAAACUGGGCUCGACUGCUUCCUCAGGUGGUCUAUCACUGCUCAGCAUACUUGGACCUGCUUAGAAAUCGCACGUUGAUGUUUGGAGACCCCAUUGAUGUGUGCAUCCCUACUGGAAACUUUGGCAACGCCAUGUCAGCCCUGUACGCCAAACAAAUGGGAAUCCCAAUACGGAAGGUGAUCUGUGCGUCCAAUCAUAACUGUGUCAUAUCCGACUUCAUCGCUAGUGGGGAGUAUGAUCUCCGCAACAGGAAACUGCUGGUUUCAAACUCUCCUGCCAUUGAUAUCCUGAAAUCCUCUAACUUUGAGAGGUUCAUCCAUCACGCAUCCGGCGGGGAUGGGAGUUUGGUCAGAGAUCUGUUUUUGAAUCUAGAAAGAGAUCGUUUUUUUAAAGUAUCAGAGACUUUACAUCAGAAGAUAAAUCUGGAAGUUCAAGCUGGUUGGUGCUCAGAAGAUGACUGUUUGAGGGCCAUACAUGAGGUGCACGCAACAACAGGCUACAUAAUGGACACUCACACAGCGGUUGGUAAAGUAGUCGCCGAUCGUAUACAUGACAAAACCUGCCCGCUUGUGAUAUGCUCCACUGCACACCAUGGGAAGUUUGCUCCGGCUGUUUUAAAAGCCCUUCAGUGUCAAAAUAUCCCACAAGACCCUGUUGAGCAAUUGGAUAAACUCUGCACCAUUGGAGGUCGAGAGCAGAUGCAUGAAGCUCUGAUGAAGUGCAUGAGAGACAGUGGAGAUCAUCCACAUGUAGUAUGUGAAGCUGACUUUAGCAAGCUUGUAGAUGAAGUAGAAACUAUGAUACAAGACUCAUUUCUGAGAGUGCGGUGACCUAAAAUACCUGCUAAUGUCCAGUAGAUGGCGACGUCUGUCAAUAAACCCCAAACAUUAUGGCUCAUGAAUCGCAUUUUGUCAGUUUGAACACAAGGUGGCAGUAAUGUAAUGGGAUAUAUGGGACAUUUUAAUUUCACUUUUUCCCAGUCUCUCAAGUGUUUUAUCACAAAAAACAGCCUACAGUUACAAAGUGAAAUAUUACUUAUUCUUUCAAAUAUUAUAAAAAAAUAUAAAAAUGUAUUGAUCAUUACUCUUAUGUAGUAUUGCUAUUGUUGCUAAGUAUGGCUUAUUUAAAGGUUUAAAUACAAAUGAAGUUUUUCCCUCUUAAAGGCACAGUUCAUAUUUGAGUAAUAAUUCUGUCAUCAUUUACUCACCUUCAUGCUAUUCAAACGUGUAUGACAUUUCCUAUGUCAAACACAAAUUUUGAGCUAUCUGUUUUUUUCUUCAAUAAAAUGGAGGUCAAUGGUAACCAAAACUGUUUGCUUAACAUUCUUCACAAUAUCUUCUUUUAUGUUGCAUUAAAGAAAGUACACCAUAAAGGUUUAAAAUGACAUGAGUAAAUGAUAGAAUUGUCUUUUCUUUUAUAUGAUAUGUACACUGAAGAAGCUGACAGAUACAGUGAUGAAUCGAGCACAGGCAAAAAUGUAGAUAUG